AUGGUUGGCUACCAUUCAACCGAUUUCGAUGUGCAUAGAAAUUGGUUAGCUGUCACACACAACUUGCCAUUAUCACAGUGGUAUACUGAAAACACUUCUCAGUGGACAUUAGACUAUCCACCAUUUUUUGCCUUUUUCGAAUGGGUUUUAUCCCAGUUUGUUCCGUCAAGAGUUGAGAAAGAUGGAUGUUUGGAUAUUGUUGAAGUGGGACAGUAUGGUUUGCCAACUGUCUAUUUCCAGAGAAUUACGGUCAUUGUUAGUGAGUUGGUAUUAUUUGCAGCUCUUCAAUGGAUCAUUGAUACUUCAUCAAACUACGAAUUAAGACGACGAAUGUAUGUUGCUACUGCAAGUCUAGCUUUAUCGCCGGGCCUCCUAUUGAUUGAUCACAUUCACUUCCAGUACAACGGUAUGAUGUAUGGGUUUUUAUUGCUAUGCUUCAACAGUGCGAGGUUAAAUCGUUAUCUACUUUGUGGAUUUUGGUUUGCGCUCUUGUUGUGUUUCAAGCAUAUCUACCUCUACUUGGCACCGGCUGUGUUUGUUUUUCUUCUUAGGUCAUAUUGUUUGAAUUUGCAUUGGGACAAAAAGAUGAAUGUAUUUAGUAAUCUUUGCAAACUUGUCAAAUGGAGAAACUUGCUCAAAUUGGGUUCAGUUGUGGUUCUUGUAUUUGGGAUCGCUUUUGUUCCUUUUUAUAAAGCAUUACCCCAAUUGCUAUCGCGUUUAUUUCCAUUUAGUCGUGGGUUGACUCAUGCAUACUGGGCGCCAAAUAUGUGGGCAUUGUAUUCAUUUUUUGAUAGGUUCUUCAUUCAAGUUUAUAAACGUGUUCCAAUGACUCGAUAUUUUUUGGAAAGAACAUUUAGGUUUGAUGCAGCCGCACUUGGCAAUGAUGCCUUGUUGCAAACCUCAACUCGCGGUUUAAUUGGAGAUAUUGAGUUUUUUAUUCUACCAGAGAUUACACCAAGGCUUACGUUUUUAUUGACGUUAUUCUAUCAGAUUAUGGCAUUGAUCCCGCUUUUUAUACAGCCCUCGUAUCGAAAAUUUAUCGGGGCCACCACGUUGUGUGGCUAUGCUUCUUUCUUGUUUGGAUGGCACGUGCACGAAAAGGCGAUUUUGCUUGUGAUAUUCCCCAUGACACUUAUUGUGGCUCGCGAUCGAAGGUUGUUGCCGGCUUACAACUUACUUGUCGCAUGUGGAUAUGGGUCAUUGUUUCCGUUGAUUUUCACGUCCAAUGAAUGGUUGCUCAAGGUUGUUUACACAUUUCUUUGGUACAUUAUUUUCUACUUUAAUUUCAGAAAGGUAGUUAGGGUAUCAAAAACAGUCGACCGGAGUGGAAACGUCGACCGCUUGGUCAAUGCAUACCUUUUGUUGUUCAUCUUGAUCGUUACCUUUACUACAACCGUUGACAUUCUCAAAGGAAAGUUUCCAAUCUUGAAGCAAUUUGAAUUUCUUAAUUUGAUGAUCUACAGUGUGUACUGUGGUAUUGGCGUUGUUGGUAGCUGGAAUAUUUUUUCAUGGUUGUAUUUUGUAGAUGAAACCAUCUGGGAGUAA